GGGGAGUGUUGAUAAGUGUACCAAGGACCAUGGUUACGGAUAUUUUUGCGACUUCUUAUAAGGGCUGGAUGUGGUUUCUAUCGGGAAUUGUGCAAAUUGGAAUUGAUGUAAAAUUACAGGAGGGUCCGAAGUGGUUGUGGAUAGGAUUGAUAGAAUGACUUCAACAGUCAAGAAGCUAUUUGGAACAUCAGCGGUAUUGUCAAGAGAGUUGAGGAAGACAAUGAUCCCCAAACCGCUUUUUUUUAUUAGCCUGAUUCAUAAAGAUUCCUCGAAGCAGACCGAAGUUGAGAAUGCACAGAAUGAAAUCGCUACCACAGCUUCCUCUUGGGCGCCGAAGAUCGAGCAGACUGUCCAGUCCUCUAAGCUAUACCAAAGGAGUGCUGAGGAUCGUUGCACGAUACAAGGAGGUUGGGAUCGGGCGUCCUAUCGCGCGAAACUCAUUGAGUAUCUAGCGAAAAAUACCCCCUGGUUGACGAUGAGGACCCUGGACCAAAAUUACCCCGCAGUGGAAGAGCUCACCGGUGACUACCACCACGACAAGUCAAUCUAUCAAAAUUCUGUUCGUAACUUUCUAUCCUCGGGCUUUCCUGAGUUCCAAGGUGGGGGCCUGCGAAUCAUUGAAAAAUACAAUGGCGCUUAGCCAUGAGAAACUAGUGAAUCUGGUUCGCUUCGCCGUAGUAUGAGGCUGUUGCCAAUAAAAAAGCUUCUGAUAAUGAGCCGUUUGAGCAGAAAUAUUUAGA